UGGUACCAGUCCGUCCGCGGUCUUCCCGGUAGGACGAAGUCGAUUAAACGAAUCCGAGAGUUUCCAGUUAUAGUUCCAGUGUUAUCAUUUUAGUGAUUGUGAUUGUUUGUUACUGGAUUUGGCUUCAUAUUUUUACAGGCUGAUUUAUUUAUUUAUUUAUUUAUAUUGAUUGUUAAGUUACUGAAUAUUUGUUUUUUUUACAAGUGUGGAGAUUGUUUUUGUCUGCAAGGUGAUUAACACAUAACCACUGGCGUGAGAGGAGAGAUAACGUGGAGGCUGGUAUCAGCCAUGGGGACGGCGAAGAUGAAACAUCUUUGGCCGUUGGUGGUGUACAUAAUAUUAUCAAUAUGUCCCGCCGACUCCGUGAGAGGAGUUGGACGAGGACCAAAGAGAGAAGUAUUUUUUCUAAAUUUAGAAGACGGUUACUUCGGCUGUCAAGUAAACGCCUCGACAGAUGUACUCCAAUUAUUGGAACUCUCGAGACUUUGCGAUGGAAAAAACGAUUGUUACGAAGGGGCCGACGAAGCUCGACAAAUACUCAAAUGUUCAGAUGAUUGUACUAAAGAGGACGGUACAAAAUGUCAGAACGGAGUUUGUCUUGACUCAGUUUGUCAUUGCAAUGACGGUUUCGGCGGAUGUAAUUGUCAAGUGCCAGAUGAGAACGAGUGUAAAUACAGGCCCUGUGAUAUUUUUGCUCACUGUACGAAUACUCUUGGUGGUUUCCACUGCUCUUGUUACCCCGGUUACCGGGGAGAUGGCUUCACCUGCGAAGACAUAAACGAAUGCGAAGAUCCGACGCUCGCGUCCCGAUGCGUCGCUAAUGCCGAGUGCUGCAAUUUGCCGGCUAAUUUUCUCUGCAAAUGCAAGCCCGGGUACAGAGGCGAUGGUGAGGUACACUGCGAGGAUAUUGAUGAGUGUCAACUUCCACACUCUUGUGGAGAAAAUUCACUUUGUCAUAAUGUACCUGGUAAUUUUACGUGCACAUGUCCGCAAGGUUUUACGGGGAAUCCCUACGAAAAUUGUUACGACAUAAAUGAGUGCGAUAAUCCAGGAAGUUGCGGGCAUAAUGCCCGCUGCAUUAAUUUACCGGGUGGCUAUCGGUGCGAGUGUCCAGAAGGAUUUGAAGGGAAUCCAGAGGAUCACUGCCACGACGUUGACGAGUGUGUUCGAAGUCCAUGUGGUCGAUCAGCCUUGUGUACGAACGUCGACGGGGGUUUCAAGUGUCACUGUCCUGAUGGCAUGGACGGUGAUCCAUUCACUGGUUGCAACGAUAUCAACGAGUGCGAGUCGAACGACUUGUGCGGCAAGGACUCGAGCUGUGUAAACACUCCUGGAGGAUUUGAGUGCCAAUGUCUUCCUGGAUAUCAAAGAGAUCCAAUUCUAGGUUGCACUGAUAUUAAUGAGUGCCUGCGUGACAAUGCUUGUGCACCCAACGCAAAGUGUAUUAAUAUUUAUGGAUCGUAUACAUGUUUGUGCCCUCAAGGUUUCACGGGACACGGACUCAUUUUAUGCGAGAAUGUUAAUGAAUGCGAGAAAAAUCCCUGCGGCGAUAAUUCCGAGUGUGUGGAUACACUUGGAAGCUACCUGUGCCGAUGCAACCAGGAUUACACCGGCGACCCUUUCAAAGGCUGCACUGAUAUCGAUGAGUGUAAUGGACCAACGAAUCCAUGUGGAGUUAAUGCAGUCUGCAGGAAUUCCGUUCCUGGGUUCACUUGCGAGUGUCCUCCUGGAUACAGCGCCAAUCCUAGUCCUUCAGUUGCUUGCGAUCAGACGGACGUAACAACCCUGUGUAAGUCAAACUUCGACUGCGUGAACAACGGCGAGUGCAUAGAGGGCCAGUGCUUCUGCAAGGACGGAUUCAAGGCCGUUAGAGCGGAGUGCGAGGACCUCGAUGAGUGCGCAACGAACUUAUGCGGGCCGUCUUCAGUGUGUAUUAACACCCGAGGAAGUUAUCACUGCUCCUGUGAGACCGGUUUCGUUGGAACACCGCCGCAAAUACCCUGCAAAGCUCCAUGUGAUGGAGUCACCUGCAGCGAGCAUGCCUUCUGCAAGCCCGAUGGUCACGAGGCCUACUGCAUCUGCGAGGAUGGCUGGACCUUCAAUCCGAAUGACAUCGCCGCUGGUUGCGUCGAUAUCGACGAAUGCGACCUGGUGAACGGACCUUCUGGUCGCUGUGGUAAAAAUUCUAUAUGUACCAACACGCCUGGUGGUUUCAGUUGUCAGUGCAAGCCCGGUUACUCUGGCAAUGCCUUCAAGCAAUGCAUGGACGUAGACGAGUGUGCAAGGCCUGACGCCUGCGGUCAUGGUGCCACUUGCACCAAUACCAAUGGUGGAUAUACAUGCGCUUGUCCCGAGGACACGAUACCUGAUCCGGAUCCUUAUACCAAGUGCGUUGGAGUUGUCACCUGUGAAGCUGAUGGCGAUUGUCCUGGUAAUGCUAUUUGUGACCUGGCCAAGAGGUGUCUUUGUCCCGAGCCUAAUAUUGGAAAUGAUUGUCGACACCCUUGUGAAGACGUAUCAUGCGGUCCGAACGCCCAUUGUAUGAUCCUAAACGACAUAGCUACUUGUCUAUGCAGCAACGGCUUCACGGGUAAACCUGGCAUAAAAAGUGGUUGUACGGAUAUAGAUGAAUGCGCAGUAAAUCCUUGCCCACCAGGAGCAGUAUGUAACAAUGAAGCGGGUUCAUUCUCCUGUCAAUGUCCAAGCGGUACCACCGGAGAUCCUUACAACGGCGGGUGCAAGGAAACAGCAGUGCCCCACGUAUGUGGUCCGAAUUCGCCUUGUCCAGCCGGAGAACAGUGUGUAAAAGAUGAAUUCGUCGGUAGCAACGUGUGCAUUUGCCAGCAGAGAUACACCCGAGAUCCCGAAACCGGAAAAUGCCGGGACGUUAACGAAUGCCUGGAGCACCGGGACAAGCCACCCUGUGGCGUAAACGCGAUAUGUAAAAACCUUCCAGGAAGUUACGACUGUCAAUGCCUGCCCGGGUUCCACGGUAAUCCGUUCACCCUCUGCGAGGAGUGCAACAGCAUAGAGUGCCAAUGUCAGCCGCCUUAUAAGAUCGUAAAUGAUAAAUGUAUGCUAGCAGGCUGUUCAGGAGGUGAACCGUGUCCAAAGGGUGCCGAGUGUAUCACGAUAGCCGGCGGAGUGAGUUAUUGCGCGUGUCCUAAAGGCUAUAGCACCCAACCAGACGGCUCCUGCGAAGAUAUAAACGAGUGUACAGAAGGUCGUCAAGUUUGCGGGUACGGAGCCGAAUGUAUUAAUCGUCCAGGAUCUUACGAGUGCGUUUGUCCGCACAAUUACGGUGGAGAUCCCUACAAUGGAUUGUGCUCUCCAGCACAAAAAAGAUGCACAAGUGAUAACGAAUGCAAAGCGAAUGAAAAAUGCGUCCAACCUGGCGAGUGCGUUUGUCCUCCGCCUUUCUAUACCGACGCCUUGGAUGGAAAUCACUGCAAAAAUCCCUGCGAUAGGUUCCCUUGUGGGAUGAACGCCAAGUGCACGCCCAGUGACCCUCCGAGAUGCAUGUGCGAGACCGGUUACGAGGGAGAUCCCCAGCACGGGUGCGUUGACGUUAACGAAUGCAUCAACAAUCCUUGCGGCCACGGCGCUUACUGCCUGAACAAUCGCGGCGGACAUAUCUGCGAGUGUCCCAAGGGAUCAGUGGGCGAUCCUUACGGUUCCGGGUGUACUGGUGGAAUCCAGCCACGCCAAGAAUGCUCAACCAACAAUGACUGCGAGAAUUACCUAGCUUGUGUCCAAGGGAGCUGCGUUAAUCCUUGCGAUAACGUUCCGUGUGGUCCCAAUGCCUAUUGUGAGCCAGAUAAACACGUCCCUUGGUGCAGAUGUGUCGUGGGAUUCACCGAGGGGAACAAUAAUGAAUGCGUUUCGCAAUGCGACGGCUUUGUUUGCGGAGCUGGCGCUCAGUGUAUUGUUUCUUACGACGGUCCCACUUGCAAAUGCAUCGAAGGGUUCAUGGGAAAUCCUUUCCCGGGUGGCCAGUGUGUUCCUGAUGUCUGUUCCCCUGAAGUUCCGUGUGCUGAACCCAGUGUUUGCAUCGGUGGAAGGUGUAAGCGAAGGUGCGAGGGCGUAGUUUGUGGAAUUGGCGCGAGUUGUGAUCCCCAGACAAAUAAGUGCGUUUGCAAUCCUUACUUUGUUGGAAAUCCUGAUCUGCUUUGCAUGCCACCGAUUGAGCCUCCAAGAUGCGAACCUUCUUGCGGAGACAAUGCGCACUGUGAAUAUGAUGUAGCUGGUUUUAAAUGCGUUUGCAACCCAGGAACCUCUGGGAAUCCUUAUCAAGGAUGUGGCGCUCAGAAGAAGUCAGAGUGUACUAACUCAAUUUGUGGAAAAGACGCUAAUUGUCAUGCUGGACCAAACGCAAUUGAGUGCGUCUGUCCUCCGGGAUUCGCCGGUAAUCCUUAUAUUCAGUGUCAUGACAUCAAUGAGUGCAGCGGAAACGCUUGUGGAAGUAACGCAGUGUGUCUUAAUACCCUCGGCAGUUACGAUUGUAGGUGCAAAGAAGGAUUUUUUGGAAAUCCCUUCGUUGGGUGCCUGGCUAUCGAAUCUGGACCUUGUACUGAUCCAGCGACUUGUCACUGCAGUAAUGAAGUUCCGUGUCCUUAUAGUCACACAUGCGUUGAAGGAAGCUGCGUUAACAAGUGCAGUAGCACCCAAUGUGGUCCCAAGGCUGAUUGCCAGGACGGAAAUUGUAUUUGUCCGUCAGGAUACAUCGGAAAUCCUCAUGAUUUGGUCAAAGGAUGUCAUCUUAAAGCGCAUUGCUCCAAUGAUCUUGAUUGCGAGUCGCAGCAGAUUUGUUUCCAAGUUGGCAAAGGUGUCAGGAAAUGCGUAGACGCUUGCAGUAAACUUCAGUGCGGUCCUAACGCAUUCUGUGUGACGCAAAAUCAUAUAUCCUCCUGCAUUUGCAUUGAUGGGUACUUUGGAAAUCCGAGUAAUCUUGUAGACGGAUGCCAGCCUGAUAGAUCAAUUGCUCCGCCAGUUUGUUCGCAAGAUUCCGACUGCGCUGAAGGUUUUUUCUGCAUUUUGCUGGACAAUGGGAUUCACGACUGCAUUAAUCCGUGCAGUAAAGUAGUCUGUGGUGCUUACCAACACUGCGAGCCUGAUGGAAGUGGUCACGCGACUUGCAAGUGUCAGGAUGGAUACGAGUGGAAUCCCGUGAGUUCAAACUGCGAGAAGCCAUCAGUGCCUGAUUGCAUUGUUGACAAUGAUUGCCAUUCAACGGAAGCUUGCAGGCCAGACGCUUUGGGAGUUCUGAAGUGUAUAUCAUCUUGCAAAUCAUUCACGUGUCCUCUGAACUCUCAGUGUAUCGCUAACAAUCAUCAAGCAGCUUGCGAAUGCCUCUUAGGAUUCGCAGGAAAUCCAAAUGACCGGCAAGGCUGCCAGAGCGCUAGGCAAAACAGGUGUUCUACAGAUUCCGAGUGUUCAGAAGACCAAACCUGCAGGACUUCCAACGACGGGGCGUUACUUUGUCUCCCGGUUUGUGACUUUGUUACUUGCGGGCCUGGAGCAAUUUGUGUGGUUAACAACCACGUUGCUAACUGCGAGUGUCCUCCAGGAUUAUACGCCGGAGAUCCUAAUGGAGCAAGCGGAUGCAAACCAGUCCCGUGUGUCUAUAACAUCGACUGUCCGCCUACUCAAUUGUGCGACCGUCUUAGUCACACUUGUCAUGACGUUUGUGAAGAAAACGCUUGUGGGACCAACGCAGUGUGCAUUGCAAACGACCAUCGCGCGGUCUGCCAAUGUCCGCCGGGUUUCAAAGCGAAUCCAGUAGCCGAUGUAGAGUGUGUGGGCGUAGAAGCUUGUAAUCCGAACCCUUGUCAUCCUACGGCGAUUUGCGUGGUAGGAGCUGCUGAUUCUCCUGUUUGUCAGUGCCAACCCGGUCAAGUGGGAGAUCCUUACGGUUCUGGGUGCCAACCAGAGGGCUCGUGUGUCUCCAACAAAGACUGUCCCAAGCAAUCAGUGUGUCAGAACCACCGCUGCAUAAACCCUUGCGAAGACGCCUGUGGGAAGAACGCGAUUUGCGAGAUAAUAAACGGCGAGCCGAUUUGCCGAUGUGUUAAUCGAUUUGUUCCUUCAGUAGAAGGCCCACAGAACGGAUGCGUGCGUGGAACUAAUUACUGCCUCAUUUCAGCUGACUGUGACGUCGGUAAUUGUCUGGACGGGCAGUGCCGUGCCGUUUGUAGAUCUACCGAUGACUGCGCGCAGGGAGAGAAAUGUAUCAACAGUGUUUGCUCGGUUCCUUGCGUUACUCCCAGCCAGUGUCAAGCGGAUCAGACUUGUCACAACGGAGCGUGCAUCCUGGGAUGCCGCAGCAGCAAGAGUUGUCCUUCGGACCAAUCAUGCAUCAAUAAUCAGUGUCAGAAUCCUUGUUCGCUGAAAGAAAACGUCUGUGGAGCGAACGCUAUCUGCAACUGCAUCGAUCACGCGACUUCUUGCUCAUGUCCUGCGGGCUUCUCGGGGAAUCCAACACCUCAGCAAGGUUGCGUGAGAGUCCCCAACAUCUGCCACUCGAACCAAGACUGUCCAGCUCAACACUUCUGCGACAAGGGAUUCUGUCAGUGCUCGUGUUCUUCAAAGAAUGAUUGCGCUCAAGGCGAACGCUGUAAAAACGGCUACUGCGCUAAGGUUUGCUACGGGAACGGAAACUGCUUGCCAGGAGAGCUUUGUGUUGAUGGAAGCUGCGAGAUUGGAUGCACUUCUGACACUGGGUGCCGCGCUGACGAAGUUUGCAUCAAUGGAAAGUGCAAAUGCAGCCACGGUUUCAUCGCUGGGCCUGAUACUUGCUUGGACAUCAACGAGUGCGAGGAACAUCCUUGCCAUCCUAGCGCAGAGUGUAUCAACCUUCAUGGUACUUACAAGUGUGUCUGUCCUCAAGGAACUGCUGGAGAUCCAGUAGGUACCGGUUGCUUGACGCCACAUCAGUGCGAGAACCAUCAUGAUUGUCCAGAUUCGCAGUCUUGCAUCCACUUUAGCUGCGCAGAUCCUUGCAGCCUCGUCGAUUGUGGGCCUAAUACGAUUUGUUCGGUGAUAGAUCAUGUAGCAGGAUGUCAAUGCCAGUCAGGAUACAUUGGAGACGCUUCGGGAUGCUUCAAAGUUGAGUGUCUUACAGACAACGAGUGUCCGAAAGACAAGUACUGCAAUUUGGAAAGCAACAAGUGCGCUAGUCCUUGCAACAGAGUCAACUGCGGGUACGGAAUCUGCAUAGCAGUGAAACACAACGCAGUUUGUCAAUGUCAUCCAGGGUACGGAUUGAUUGGAGACACUUGCCUGGACGUUGAUGAAUGCCUGGACCAUCCUUGCCACUCUACCGCAGUUUGCCAGAACACUGAAGGUUCCUUCUACUGCUCUUGUCCGCAUGGUCUCGUUGGAGAUCCCAUUGGUCUAGGUUGCAAGCUUCCUGGUGACUGUUUUGCCGACAAUGACUGCCCUAAUUCCGCAUCUUGCAUUGACAAUACUUGCAGGAAUCCUUGCGAUAUUCCGAACACUUGCGGUCAUAACGCAGAAUGUCUUGUCCGAAACCACGUUCCGGAGUGUCGCUGCGCUGGACAAAGCUCCGGAAACCCCAAAAUUGAGUGCAUCAGGUUCGAAUGUAACUACCACAGCGACUGCGGAGCCUCCCAUGCUUGUUUCGACAACAAAUGCGUGGAUCCUUGCUCGGUUCCGAAUGUAUGUGGUCAAGGCGCUGAUUGUUCUUCGCUGAACCACUCGGCAGUGUGCACCUGCCAACCUGGAGGCACUGGAGACCCUAAUUUAGGAUGCACUCCUGUUCAAUACUGUAAGACUGACAGCCAGUGUCCAACCGGAGCUUCCUGCAACGGAGGAAUCUGCACUGCGCUUUGUACUUCAAUAAGAGACUGCAUCGGCGACCAAUUGUGCAUCGACGGACUCUGCCGUCCGACUUGCAAGUCAAACUCGACUUGUCCGGAGUAUCAGUACUGCCAGAACAACAUUUGUGUUCAAGAACUGCGCUGCACUUCGGACAACGACUGCGGGUACGACGAAAAAUGCAUCAGGAACAAUCUUGGACAGGCAGAGUGUCGUCAAGCCUGCGAACUGAUUCUCUGCGGAAGAAAUGCAGGGUGUAAGUCUGAUAAUCACAAAGCUACUUGCGCUUGCGAUCGCGGGUUCUUCGGCGACGCUUACGACGACAAGAUGGGCUGCCAGCCGAUUGAGUGCGAGAGCCACAACGACUGCUCCGACGAAAAGAUUUGUGAUUUGCACAAGUGUAGGAUAGCUUGCCUCGCGCACAAUCCUUGCGGACAAAACGCUAUUUGUUCGACGAACAACCACCAGCAAGUCUGCACCUGCCAACCUGGAUACACCGGAGAGCCUACGCGUGGUUGUGAUCUCAUAGACUUCUGCCUGAAAUCUCCUUGCGCUCCAGGUGCUGUUUGCACCAAUUCCCGCGGAUCUUUCCGCUGCCACUGCCAAUUAGGAACCGUAGGAGACGCUUACAACAGCGGGUGCCAAACCCCUGUUGAGUGUCUCAGAGACCAAGACUGCCCAAUCACUGCCAGGUGCAUUGAAAUCAACGGAGUUCCCAAGUGCGCUGAUGUGUGUUCAAGAAUCCGCUGCGGUCCUAACGCUGAAUGCAUCCCGGGAGAGCACGUAGCCUCCUGCAGCUGCAGACUCGGCUACGAUGGAGACGCCAAUGAUCUCAGAGUAGGCUGCCGUCCUUUGCCGACCGCCUGUUCCACUUCUUCAGAGUGUCCUGCUAAUACUUACUGCUACGAGAACAUCUGCAGACCUUCCUGCCAAUCCGAUGAAGAGUGCAACCUGACUGACCGGUGUCUCAACGGACAAUGCCUAGAUCCUUGCGAAGUUCGCACCGCUUGUGGAAUAAACGCUGACUGCCAGGUCAAUAACCACAUCAAGCGCUGCAGCUGUCCUCCAGGAUUCACAGGAAACUCCGAAAUUGAGUGCGUAAGACUCCCAGUUUCUUGCAACGGAGACGAAGAUUGCAGCCUUGGAAACACCUGCAGGGACAAUGUUUGUCUUCCAACUUGCACUUCUGACAACCAAUGCGCGUUUAACGAGAAAUGCGUGCGUGGAAACUGUCUUCUGACCUGCAGACUGGACAACGAUUGCUUCCUAGGUCACAUCUGCUUGAACAACAUGUGUUCUUAUGGUUGCAGAGGAGACGAGGACUGCAACGCUAAUGAAGCUUGCGCCUCCAACAAGUGUGUGAAUCCCUGCGACGUAACUCCCUGCGGCCCUAACGCUAAUUGCAUUGCAACAAACCAAAGAGCUUCUUGCGCUUGCCCUGACGGAUUCAUGCCCAAUCCUUCCGCUAGGAUAGCUUGUCUCCGAGCGCCAGGACUUUCUUGCCAAGCUAACAGAGACUGUCCCUUAGGAGCGGCGUGCGUAGCCGGUUCCUGCGUAGCAGUCUGCUCUUCCAAUACCAAUUGUUUGAGCAACGAGCGCUGUGACUCUUCAGGAAUUUGCCGAGCGCUUUGUCGCCAGGACGAAGACUGUCGCAGCGGAGAGAUUUGCGAAGGUCUUGUUUGCCUUGCAGGUUGCCGAGCGGAUAUUGAGUGCGCGGAAAACUUGUCUUGCAUCAACAACCAGUGCGUGGAUUCUUGCAGUCUUCCUGAUUGUUGUGGCACAAACGCCAAUUGUGCGAUGUUAAAUCAUCAGAAGCAAUGCAGCUGUCCUGCUCCGUUGGUUGGAGAUCCUUUGACUGGAUGUCGCAGGAACUUCAUUCCUUGCAGCGACUCUUGUCCUCCUGGUCACACCUGCAAUGGAGGAUCCUGCUACGCCACUUGCAGGAGCGACUCGAAUUGUUUGAAUGACGAACGCUGCGAAGCGGGAGUCUGCAAAGCGAUCUGCAACAGUGAUGAUCAUUGUUCUCCGGGUCAGAUCUGCGAGAACAGAAUUUGUGAGCUGGGAUGUCGCAGUGAUAAUGCUUGCUCUAGUGAUGAGUCUUGUAUUAACAACAAAUGCCAGAGUCCUUGCGAAGGAGGUAAAGCUUGUGGAGAAUGCGCUGGCUGCAGAGUUGUUAAUCACGCUGCGCAAUGCAGCUGUCCGCCUAACUACUACGGAAACGCUUUAAUAAGCUGCACCAAGUCUCCCGUUCCUUGUGACGGAGUCUGUGAGUGCGACGAGGUCGGCUACUGCGUCAGAAGCUGCUCUGUCAAUGAAAAUUGCGCUUGUGGAGAAGUUUGCGAUAACAGAAAGUGCCGCAUCAAGUGCGACGCUAACAAUUCUUGCAAAAAAGGUUACAUCUGCAAUUCUGGAAUCUGCUUAGCUGGAUGUCGAACUCACAGCGACUGUCCUACGUCUUUGUCGUGCAACAACGGACAGUGUGAAGAUCCGUGUCUUUAUAAUGGAUCUCCGUGUGGAAUCAACGCGCUCUGCAAGGUCUCGGGUCAUCGCGCAGUAUGUUUGUGUCCGGAAGGAUAUCAAGGAGAGCCGAGUCAGGAGUGCUACCAACUGGAGUGUCUUCGUCAUGAGGACUGCGAACCUACUAAGCGGUGCAGCGAUGAUGGAGUCUGCACUAAUCCGUGUCUUCAACAUGGAGUCUGUGGGUUCAAUGCUCAGUGUAGAGUUGUUGAUCGCACUGCUCAGUGCUCCUGCCCUCCAGGACACUACGGAAAUCCGAAGAUCAAUUGCAAACCUGGGACUGAUGAGUGUCUGAGGAGACCUUGUGGCGUUAAUGCUAAGUGUCGCGAAACUGCUGGAGGAUUCGAGUGCAGUUGCGCUCCGGGUUGCUACGGUGAUCCUCAUCAGGUCUGUAUCUGCGAUGAUGAUCUUUGCAGAGACACCAGCUGUGGCGUCAAGGCUGCUUGUCGGGUUUAUAAUAACCAACCUCAGUGCUACUGUCCUCCGGAGUAUCCUGCUGGAGAUCCUAUGCAUGAAUGUAGCGUUGAUCGCAGCUCACUUGACUGCAGAACAAUCGGUUGUGGUAAGGGCGCAGAAUGUAUUCGCGAUGGUACCAUUUUUGUCUGUAGAUGCCCUCCAGGUACCACUGGAUCUCCAGAUGCUGAAUGCAAGACCGAACGAGAGUGUACCAGUGACUCGGAGUGUCCAAACGAGAAGUCCUGUAUAAACCUGCACUGUCUGGAUCCAUGCCUGCUAAGAGGCGCUUGCGGAAAGAACGCGUUGUGCCGGGUGGUCCUGCACAAGCCGCGAUGUACCUGCCCGCAGUGUUACGUGGGAAUGCCCCAGACGUCGUGCAAGCCAGAUCCAAAAUGCGAGUCACAAUACCCGCGUCCAAGCCCGCCGCGAAUCGGCUGCAAGAAAGACGCAGACUGUCCUGAGACUUUGGCGUGCAACGGCGCGACUGGAGAGUGUCGAGACCCUUGUACAAGCAGCAUCACGUCGACGAGCAUCAGCAACACUUCUGCGAUCAUCACCGGAACCAGCAACCACGGCUGCGAACCGAAUAAACGUUGCCAGGUCCGGGAUCACCAGCCUAUGUGCGUCUGCAAGCACGGCUUCGUCGUUAAUGACGUCGGAGAACUGACCUGCGCUCCCGACACGGCUUCCUGUGCUAGAGACGUUGAUUGUCCUUCAAACGCGGCUUGCAUUCAUGGAAAGUGCCAGAACCCUUGCACCUCACGAUUGAAGCAAUCGGCUCCCUGUCCAGCAGACAAGCUCUGCGACGUGCUUGAUCAUCGUCCCAUUUGCAUUUGCACCCAGAACUGCAAUCCUUCCCUGUCCAUUUGCCUACGAGACAGUGGCUGCUCACCGGACUUGGCCUGCCGGAACUAUAGAUGUGUGGAUCCAUGCCGGAACUCUACUUGCCCUGCUGACGCCCCCUGUUACGUCGAGGAUCACAAGCCCGUCUGCAAGUUCUGUCCCCUUGGUUUCGUGCCUGAUACUAAAUACGGAUGCAUGAAAGAUGUCAAGUGCUCUGACCACAGCGACUGUCCUUCACAACUGGCUUGCAUUAAUCAGCAAUGCUUGAAUCCUUGUACACUCGGAAAUCCUUGUGAUUACGUUGAAGAAUGUCACGUCCAGGAUCAUCGACCGGUUUGCGUUAAAGCCAAUGAUAAAUCUUCCGGAUGUCCGUACUGUCCACUAGGCCAUCAGUGUGAUACUUCAACCAACACCUGCAUUAAAGCCGGUUGCAAUAGCGACGACGAAUGCCCGGUGUGGGAGAUCUGCGUGGGACAUAUCUGCCAGGACCCUUGUCGCAUCAAAAACCCGUGUGCUGCUCACGCUGUCUGUAUCAACACGAACCACGGUACUGAUUGUAGCUGCGAAGAAGGCUAUCACGGCAAUGCAUUCAGUCUUUGCAGUCCUGUAUCAAGCACUGGAGAUGUCUGUCAAUACAACGAAGAUUGUCCACCUAACAAACUGUGCGACCGGUUGAACCGCCGCUGUAUCAACCCUUGCUUCGAGGACAGCUGCGGAAGCAACGCAGAGUGCUUCACGGAAGAUCAUACCGCAAAAUGCAGAUGCUUACCAGGCUACGAAGGAAACCCGCAGGUUGCCUGCGAGGGUUCCGGGUCGAAUCCGUGUGUUCCAAACCCAUGUGGCUUAGAAGCAAUGUGCGAAGUAGACAACGGUGACCCGAUCUGCUUCUGCCCCAAAGGAAUGACAGGAAAUCCUUUCGAACAUUGUGUUCCUGAAGGAGACAAGUGCCAGGGCAACCCCUGCGGUCUUAACUCAGGCUGCCGAGUCAUCCAAGGCCAGAUCACUUGCUUCUGUCUUCCAGGAUACGAAGGAAGUCCUCCAGCGACUGCUUGCUUCGUCCCAGAGAAUCCUUGCGAGCCAUCCCCUUGUGGGCCUAACACCAGGUGCAACAUCCUUAACAACGGAAUCGCUAAGUGCUCAUGUCUUCCAGGAUUUAUCGAAAGUCCGAACACAGUCCGAGGAUGCGUUGAGCAAACUCACCCAUGCGAGCCAAAUCCUUGCGGGUACGGCGCAGUUUGCGAUGCAAACCGCACUCCGCCGUGCUACUGCCCGGAAAAUACCAUCGGAAAUCCUUAUAAAGCGUGCACAGUCAACGUUGAAGUUCCUCUGUGCCAGCCUGGACCCUGUGGAGUCAAUUCCGAUUGCUACGUGUCAGAAAACCGCGAGCAAUGCUACUGCAAGCCCGGAUUCAUCGGUGAUCCUUACACGGGUUGUCAUCAGCCGCCUAGCAGCGCUUGCCAGCCCAAUCCUUGCGGCAGGAACGCCAUCUGCCGGGUUACAAGCUCCAACAAGGCCAUCUGCGAGUGUUCUCCAGGAACAUCAGGAGAUCCUACAAGUCCAGCUGGAUGCGACAGCUUUGAGUGCACCAAAGAUGACGACUGUCUUCAAACUCACGCUUGCAUUGGUCACAAGUGUCAGAAUCCUUGCAACGGAGCUUGCGGAGUCAACGCUAACUGUCGUGUGGAAUCACACCACCCGGUUUGUUACUGCAGAAAAGGACUCCAAGGCAAUCCAAUCCUCAGAUGCUCUCCGCCCAUGACACCAGAGCCAGUGAAGAAUUCUUGCUACCCAAAUCCUUGCGGUCAGAAUACUUUGUGCCAAGUUUUGAAGGACCGGGCAGUCUGUUCAUGUCUUCCAGGAUUCUUGGGUGACCCACAGACUGGUUGUCAUCCGGAGUGUAUGAUAAACUCAGACUGUCCUCAUGACAAAGCCUGUUUGAACAUGCAGUGUGUGAAUCCUUGCAGUCUAGGAAAUAUUUGUGGCACCAACGCCGAGUGUCGCGUAUCUCAUCACACUGCCACUUGUCUCUGUCGGCCAGACUACUUUGGAAAUCCGUUUAUCCGAUGCACACCUAAAUCUAGUAUCGUUAUGGACAAGUACCCCAACAUCACUCAUCCUUGCUCGCCUUCACCCUGCGGACCUUUUGACUACUGUGAGACCUUCACUGACCAAGUGGCAAUGUGUGGUGGCUGCGAUCUUCAAGACAAUUCUUGGUGCCGUCCAGAGUGUCUUUGCAACAGCGACUGCCCCUUCGACCACGCUUGCAUAGGCUGGAAGUGUGCUGACCCUUGCUUGGGAACUUGCGGCGUAAACGCCAAUUGCGAAGUCAUCUGGCAUCAACCAGUCUGCAGUUGUCCUACUGGACUCUACGGAAAUCCGUACCAAGGGUGCAUUCCUGAAGACACUGAUCAUCGCGACCCUUGUAGCACUACUCAGUGUGGAGCCAAUGCGAUUUGCCGUGAAAACCAAGGAGCUACUACUUGUGAGUGCUUGGAAGGCUACUCCGGCAAUCCAUUCUUCGCUUGUCACGUUGAGUGUGUCCAAAAUUCAGACUGUCCGUUGACCAAGGCUUGCUCUAAACACAAGUGCGUCGAUCCUUGUCACAGCGCUUGUGGAACUGGAGCCUCCUGCGACGUGAUUAAUCACUACCCAGUCUGUUUCUGCGACGCGAAUCUCUCCGGAGAUCCUUUUGUUCAUUGCUACCCUCACAAAGAAGUAGGUCCAGUGAUAGUACCCCAGUCAAAUCCUUGCGACCCUUCACCCUGUGGACCAAACAGCAGGUGUCUAAUUUCACCACGAGGUUACGCCACUUGCUCAUGCUUACCAGACUUCCGUGGAAGCCCGCCUUUGUGUAACCCCGAGUGUAUCGUCAGCUCAGAUUGUCUCCAAAUCCAGGCUUGCAUCAACAACAAGUGUGUGAACCCAUGCAACGGAAUCUGCGGUCACGGUGCUUUGUGUUUAGUGAUAAAUCACAACCCAGUUUGCAGUUGUCCUGCUACUUACGAAGGAGAUCCUUUCGUAGCUUGCGUUCCAAUGAACAAAGAAGAACUCGAACCCACAUCUUCAUGCCAUCCGUCGCCUUGUGGUCCUAACUCAGUCUGCCAGAUAAAGAUGGGCCGCCCAGUGUGCUCCUGUCAGAGUACCUUCAUAGGAAGUCCACCGAACUGCAGACCAGAGUGUCUCAUCAGCCAGGAAUGUCCGAUAGACCAAGCUUGCGUGGCGAACAAAUGCAUCCACCCUUGUCCUCACAGCUGCGGACCCAAUUCCGAGUGCGCUAUCAUCAACCACACGCCCUACUGCUCUUGCAAGCCUGGAUAUGAAGGCGACGCGUUUGUUGGGUGUACUAUGGUGCCUAUUCAACCAACGCCACCUGAUGAUCCUUGCAAUCCUUCGCCUUGUGGCAACAAUGCAAUCUGUAAUGUGGUAAAUGGCGUUGCUAGGUGCACUUGCAUUCCUCCGUACGUCGGAAAUCCUUACGUUGGAGGUUGCAAGCCUGAAUGUAUGAUCAAUUCAGACUGCGCUAACCACCUGGCUUGCCUGAACCAACACUGCAGAGACCCUUGUCCAGGAAUCUGUGGCUUUAACGCCCAAUGCGAGGUGUCUAAUCACAUUCCCACGUGCUCUUGUCUCUCAGGAUACUCCGGAGACCCGUUCCAGACUUGUAAGAUUGAAAAAAUGAACGUCCCACCGCAGAAUCCAUGCACACCAUCACCCUGUGGACCUUACAGUAUUUGCAGAGUGGCCAACGACCGCGCGGUCUGCUCUUGCAGUCCAGGAUACAGAGGAACUCCACCUUCCUGCAGACCUGAGUGUCUCGUCAGUUCGGAGUGUGCUCCGCAUUUAGCUUGCAUUGAUCAGAAGUGCAGCGAUCCUUGCCAAGGCGUCUGUGGUUACAACGCGCUUUGCCAAGUCAGCAACCACAAUCCUAUCUGCAGCUGCCCUGAAAGACACACUGGAGAUCCGUUUGUCCAGUGCUCUGAGGUUCCUAAAGUAGUUGAACCGACGAACCCUUGUGUGCCUUCUCCGUGUGGUCCAAACGCUCAAUGCCGGGUCCAGAACAACCGCCCAGUCUGUUCGUGUCUAACUGGAAUGUUUGGCGCGCCGCCUUACUGCCGACCUGAGUGUCUGAUCAACCAAGACUGUCCCAACUACCUGGCUUGUUUACAAAACAGCUGUGUGAACCCUUGCGUCGGGUCUUGCGGCAUCAACGCCAAUUGUAUCGUCAGGAACCACCGACCAAUCUGUCAAUGCCAAAAAGGAUUCGAAGGUGAUCCGUUCUCCGCUUGCAACCAGCGCGAAAUGACACCAGUUGCACCACCUAGCGAGCCUUGUAACCCAUCACCUUGUGGUUCCAAUGCAGUUUGCAAUGAAAGGAACGGAGCUGGAUCCUGUACUUGCUUGCCGGACUACACCGGAGAUCCCUACGACGGCUGCAGACCUGAGUGUGUUCAGAACUCGGAUUGUCCUCACUCCAAAGCUUGCACGAACAACAAGUGCAAGGACCCGUGUGUUGGAGCUUGUGGGCUUAAUGCUCAGUGCCAAGUCUUCAAUCACCAGCCAUCGUGUAGUUGUCUUUCAGGAUACACCGGAAACCCUCUGACUUCUUGCUAUGUUCCAUCAUCAGCUCCAACCGUUCCUGAGAACGCCUGCGAACCGUCACCUUGUGGACCUUACAGCAAUUGUCGCGUCAUUGACUUCCAUGCUGUGUGCUCUUGUCAACCAGGAACCAUCGGAAGCCCACCAACUUGCAGACCCGAGUGUGUUAUUAGCACAGACUGCGCUCAGAACAAGGCUUGCAUCAAUCAGCGCUGCGAAGAUCCUUGCGUCGGAACUUGUGGGCUCAAUGCACGCUGCCAAGUUAUCAACCACAACCCGGUUUGCAUUUGUAUGAACGGUUACACUGGAGAUCCAUUCUCUGGAUGUUUGAAGGAAGAACCUAAGAUUCCUGGACCAGAACCUGGCGGAAAUCCAUGCGUGCCUUCACCUUGUGGCCCGAACUCUCAGUGUCGGGUUAUAGAUGGGUUCCCAGCUUGCUCUUGUCUUCCCAACUACGUCGGCAGAGCUCCUAAUUGCAGACCCGAGUGUGUGAUAAACGAAGAAUGUCCUGGAAAUCUGGCGUGUCAGAACGAACGGUGCUCAGAUCCUUGUCCGGGUUCUUGUGGGGUCAACACUUUCUGCGAUGUCGUAAAACACAAUCCGGUUUGUAAUUGCAACCCAGGAUUCACCGGUAAUCCAUUCAUUGAAUGUACGCCUCAGUUGCAAGAGCCUUACACUACAGAAAAGCCAAGAACACCUUGUGAUCCUUCACCUUGUGGUGCUAACGCUGUUUGCAAUGAAAGAAACGGAGCUGGAUCUUGUUCUUGCAUUCCAGAAUACUUCGGAGAUCCUUAUACUGGUUGCAGACCUGAGUGUGUUACUAACAACGACUGUGGAAGAACAAAGGCUUGCUUGCACAAUAAAUGUAUCAAUCCCUGCGCUGGAACUUGCGGACCCAAUGCUUCUUGUCGGGUAGUAAACCACGCGCCGUCGUGUACUUGUCUAGCAGGUUACACUGGAGAUCCAACGACUGGUUGUUCCGUGUUAGAGAUCGUCACCAAGUCGCCGAUAACUGAUCCAUGCGAAGCAGCGCCCUGUGGACCCAACAGCAACUGCAGAACGCUGAACGGCCACGCAGUUUGUUCCUGCAAGAGCGGGUUCAUUGGAACUCCACCAACUUGCAGGCCCGAGUGUAGUAUCAGCACAGAGUGUCCAAGGAGCAAAGCUUGCGUGAACAACAAGUGCAUCAAUCCUUGCCAGUCAGCUUGUGGAGAGAACACCAAGUGCCUGGUUGUCAACCACAGCCCGAUUUGCACCUGUGCUGGUGGUUACACUGGAGAUCCCUUCGUUGCUUGCAGCAAGGUUGAGCUAACACCAGGACCUGGAAGAGAAGACGAAGAUCCUUGCGUGCCUAAUCCUUGUGGACCUCAUUCCCAGUGCAAGGUUGUAGGCUCGCAGCCAGCUUGCUCUUGCGCGCCUAACUUCUUGGGCCGCCCACCAAAUUGCAGACCUGAGUGCAGAGACAACUCAGAGUGUCCUACGACUAUGGGAUGCAUCAACCAGCGGUGCAAGAACCCCUGUCCUGGAGCUUGUGGAGACAUGGCAAGGUGCUCGGUGUUGAAUCACUCUCCAGUUUGCUCUUGUCCUGAAGGAUACACUGGAGAUCCAAGUACUCAAUGUACGCCUGCUAUGCCAUCGAUUCCCGAACCUAGACCAACCAACCCAUGUCUUCCAAAUCCUUGCGGACCCAACGCGCAAUGCAGAGAAAGAAACGGAGCUGGAGCUUGUGCUUGUCCUGCUGACUUCAUCGGCGAUCCUUAUGACAAUAUCAAAGGCUGUCACCGUGAGUGUGAAGUCAAUGAUGACUGCGUUCCUCAUCUGGCGUGUGUUGGGUUCAAGUGUACCAACCCGUGUCCUGGAACUUGUGGAACUUUGUCAAUUUGCCAGGUAGAGAAUCAUGUUCCUAGAUGUCAAUGUCCGCCUGGAUACACUGGAGAUCCUUUCUACGCCUGUAAUGAAGAAACUAAAGAGAUUUUACCACCACAGGACCCUUGUUCUCCAACUCCAUGUGGUCCUAACAGCAAAUGCAGGACUGUCAACAGCCAAGCGGUCUGUACAUGUCUUCCAGACUACAUCGGAGCGCCUCCAUCCUGUCGACCAGAGUGUAUAGUCAACGCUGAGUGUCCAGUUCAUCUUGCUUGCAUCAACAGAAAGUGUGCUGAUCCUUGUCCAAACACUUGUGGCGUUCGUGCUCAAUGCACCACCAAGAAUCACAAUCCAAUCUGCACUUGUCCUGCUGGCUUCACUGGAGAUCCAUUCACUCUCUGCAUACCACAAGUUGAAGUACCAGUUACUUCAACACCAAGACCACCAUCUUGCAAUCCAUCUCCAUGUGGUCCUAAUUCACAGUGUCAGAUGGUCUUUGGCAAUCCAGCUUGUUCCUGUCUUCCAAACUACAUCGGAGUGCCUCCAGAGUGUCGGCCGGAGUGUAUCAUUAGCUCUGAGUGCAAGAGCCACCUGGCUUGUGUUAACCAACGCUGUCAAGAUCCUUGCUCAGGUUCCUGCGGAUUCAACGCCCAGUGUCAUGUUCUGAACCACAUUCCAGUUUGCACAUGCAUGGAAGGAUUCACUGGAGAUCCGUUUACAGAGUGUUCGCUGAUUCCACCGACUACUCAAGCACCAAUUCAAGCAGAUCCUUGCGCUCCCUCGCCUUGUGGUCCUAAUGCUAUCUGCAGAGCCGGAGAAUGUACUUGCUUGCCAGAGUACUUCGGAAAUCCGUAUGAAGAGUGUCGACCUGAAUGUGUGCUGAACUCAGAGUGUCCUAGAGACAAGUCAUGUCUUCGCAAUAAGUGUGUGGAUCCUUGUCCAGGAAGAUGUGGCCAGAAUGCUGAAUGCGACGUUGUAAAUCACAUACCAGUGUGUUCUUGUCGUUCAGGAUUCAUUGGAGAUCCAUUUAUCAACUGCAGAAUCCAGCAAGACACUCCUGAAAACAAGAGAGAUCCUUGCUCGCCAUCUCCAUGCGGACCUAACAGUCAAUGUCGCAACGUGGAGAACCACGCAGUCUGUUCCUGCCUCUCAGGAUACUUAGGAACACCACCUAUGUGCCGUCUAGAGUGUUUGACUAGUUCAGAGUGUCCUCCAACACGCGCUUGCAUCAGCAACAAAUGUACCGACCCAUGUCUUGGAUCUUGUGGCCUCAACGCAAGAUGCGAAGUCAUCAACCAUUCGCCGAUUUGCAGCUGCCCUCCCGGACAAACUGGCGAUCCUUUCAGAAGCUGCUACGAGAUUACCAUGCCAGCGGAGCCUAAAGAUCCCCAAGAUCCUUGCUCGCCAUCGCCUUGUGGACCCAACGCACAGUGUCAGAACAACGAUGGAAUUCCUGCUUGCUCAUGUCUGCCUAAUUACAUCGGAUCUCCACCAUCCUGCAGACCAGAGUGUGUAAUAAACCCUGACUGUCCAUCAAACCAAGCUUGCAUCAACUCACGGUGUGUUGACCCAUGCCCAGGAUCUUGCGGAGAUUUCGCAGAUUGUCGCGUCAUCAACCACGCAGUCACUUGCAGCUGUACCAGUGGCUACACUGGCAACCCAUUCGUCCAGUGCAUGAUAGAGCAACCGGAAACGAUCAACCCUUGCGAGCCAUCACCUUGCGGUCCUAAUGCUAUCUGCCAACAACGAGACAACGCAGGUGCUUGUGUUUGCAUCGACGACUACCACGGCAAUCCCUACGAAGGCUGCCAACCGGAGUGUAUCCUCAGCUCGGAUUGUCCAACGAACAAAGCUUGCGAGAGAAACAAGUGUGUGGAUCCUUGUCCAGGAGUCUGUGGCACUCAAGCCCAGUGCUCGGUCAUCAAUCACAUACCAACUUGCACUUGUCUUCCAGGAUUCAUCGGCGAUCCUUUCACUGCUUGUACAUUCCAAGUAGAGUCAACAACUCCAGGAAUAAGUUUAGAUCCUUGCAAUCCAUCUCCUUGCGGACCAAAUAGUCUCUGUCGGACCAUCAACGACCAGGCUGUGUGUACCUGCCAAGCUAACUACAUCGGAGCUCCACCAAACUGCCGUCCAGAAUGUGUCGUCAACACGGAAUGCGCUCAGAAUCGCGCUUGCUACAAAUACAAGUGCAAUGACCCGUGUCCUGGAACUUGUGGCAUUGGAGCAGACUGCCGUGUGAUUAAUCACAACCCUCUCUGCAGCUGUCCCGCUGGUACAACCGGAGAUCCAUUCUCCCGAUGCUACCAAGCCGUAGAAGUGCCACCAACAAGACCUAGUGAUCCUUGCGUACCUAAUCCUUGCGGACUCAACGCUGAAUGUCGAAGAGUCGGUGAUCAAGCUGCCUGUUCCUGUCUUAAUAACUACAUCGGUUCGCCUCCCAACUGCAGACCUGAGUGUGUUGUCAACACUGACUGUCCUUCAACUCAAGCAUGUAUCUCCGAAAAAUGCAGGGACCCUUGCAUUGGAUCUUGCGGACAAGACGCAGAAUGUCGGGUACAGAACCACAUUCCUACAUGUCUUUGCCGUGAAGGAUUCACUGGAGAUGCCUUUACGCUCUGUUCCCAAAUCAUGGAGCCGAAACAACCAGAAGAUCCUUGCAACCCUUCACCUUGUGGAGCGAACGCUCUCUGCAAAUCAGGAGUCUGUACUUGUCUGCCUGAAUACCAAGGCGAUCCUUACGUCUUUUGUCGUCCGGAAUGUACCAUGAAUUCAGACUGUCCUCGCACUAAGUCUUGCAUGAACCAACGUUGUGUCGAUCCGUGCCCUGGAACCUGUGGUACUGAUGCUCUUUGCAAUGUCGUCAAUCACAUCCCGAUGUGCAGCUGCUCAUCAGGAACCACUGGCAAUCCGUUCUUCGCCUGCAGACCAGUGAAGGAAGACACUACUCCGAAGGAACCAUGCUCUCCGUCACCUUGCGGACCUAACAGCAUUUGUCGCGUUGUUGAAGAUCAUGCUGUGUGCUCUUGCUCACCAGGAUUCGUCGGUAGCCCUCCAGGUUGCAGACCUGAGUGUGUCACCAGUGCAGAGUGUCCUCUUACUCGCGCUUGCUUAAACAACAAGUGCCAGGACCCUUGCCCAGGAACUUGUGGACAAAAUGCUAAGUGCCAAGUUGUCAAUCAUAAUCCAAUUUGCAGCUGCUUGGAAGGCAAUACUGGUGAUCCUUUCACUAGAUGUUACUUAUUACCAGUGGAUACGCCUCCGGAACCAGUAAAUCCAUGUCAACCAUCUCCUUGUGGUCCCAACUCUGAAUGCAACGUCCGUGGAAACAGCCCAGCCUGUUCCUGUGCUCAAAAUUACAUCGGUCAGCCACCAAACUGCCGACCUGAGUGUACCAUAAACCCAGAAUGUCCCUCAAACCUCGCGUGUAUUCAACAAAAGUGCCGUGAUCCUUGUGCUGGACUCUGUGGAAUUUCCGCAACUUGUUCAGUAGUGAACCACCAUGCAGUCUGCGCUUGUUCUGAAGGAUUCACCGGAGAUCCGUUCAGCAGCUGUAUUCCUGCACCAAAGGAACCCCCGAAGGAGAUGAGACGACCUUGCUCACCAUCACCCUGUGGCACUAAUGCAGUCUGUCGUGAGCAAAACGGUAUUGGAUCCUGCUCAUGCCUCCCCGACUACAUCGGUGACCCCUACGAAGGCUGCAGACCUGAGUGUGUUAUCAACUCAGACUGUCCCACAAACUUUGCCUGUAUACGGACCAAGUGUCGAGACCCGUGUCCUGGAACCUGCGGUCCCAAUGCCCAGUGCCAGACGAUAAACCACCUGGCGUCCUGUACCUGUUCGACAGGUUUCUCCGGAGACCCGUUCAGAUAUUGCAGCCCAGCGCCUCUGAUAACUCAGCCCUCAAUCACAGAGCUCUGCUCGCCCAGUCCUUGUGGUCCCAACAGUCAAUGCCGGGUUAUCAACAACCAAGCCGUUUGUUCUUGCUUACCUGAAUACAUCGGUUCUCCACCUGGCUGCCGGCCCGAAUGUACUGUCAGUUCCGAGUGUCCUCGGAACCGCGCUUGUAUUAACAGAAAAUGUGAUAAUCCAUGUCCGAGACCUUGCGGUAGAAAUACUGACUGCAUUGUCAUGAACCACAGUCCCAUUUGUACCUGCAGGAACGGUUUUGCCGGCGAUCCAUUCACUUCCUGUUUCGCAGCUCCACCCCCGAGCCCAGUUGAAACCCAGAAUCCUUGUGUACCAUCGCCAUGUGGACCUAACUCUAUAUGUCGCGACUCUAAUGGACCCUCUUGCUCAUGUCUGCCUUCUUUCAUCGGUUCUCCACCAAACUGCAGACCUGAAUGUACGAUUAGCGCGGAUUGUCCUGUUAAUCAAGCUUGCAUGCGUUCUAAAUGCCGCGAUCCUUGUCCCGGAUCUUGCGGCAUUCAGGCGCAGUGCGAGGUUGUUAACCAUACGCCUAUCUGCACCUGCCCUCAAGGAUUUACUGGUGAUCCCUUCAGCAGUUGCAUCAUCCAGCCACCAAUGGAUGAACUACCUCAAGACCCGUGUAACCCUUCGCCUUGCGGAGCAAACACCCGUUGUCAGCAAGGAGUUUGCACCUGUUUACCUGAAUACAUCGGAGAUCCCUACUUUGGAUGCAGACCCGAGUGCCUUUUGAACAAUGACUGUCCUCAAAACCAAGCUUGCAUUCGUAAUAAGUGCAAAGAUCCUUGUCCAGGAACUUGCGGCCAAAACGCUGUAUGUAACGUCUAUAACCACGUCCCUAUGUGUACUUGCCCUUCAGGAAUGGCAGGCAAUGCUUUUGUCAUGUGUUCUCAAGUCACUGUGCCUCAAGUAACCGAUCCAUGCAACCCGUCGCCCUGCGGUCCGAACAGCAAGUGUCGGCAGAGUAACGGACAUGCUACUUGCACUUGCAUCACUGGGUUCAUUGGAAGUCCUCCUAGCUGCAGACCAGAGUGUGCUAUCUCGUCAGAAUGUCCUUUGACCGAAGCCUGUAGCAAUCAGAAGUGUAGGAACCCCUGUCAGGGUGCUUGCGGACUGCAAGCAACCUGUAAUGUUAUCAAUCAUAACCCUAUUUGCAGUUGUCCUUCGUCAAUGACCGGAGAUCCGUUUGUGCAAUGCCAAAUGACUCCUGAAGAACCAGUUAAGCCAAUUAAUCCAUGCCAACCUUCACCUUGUGGCCCAAAUGCAGAGUGUCGGGUGAUAAAUGACUCUCCAUCGUGCUCCUGUCUCCCAGAAUUUACCGGAACUCCACCAAAUUGUCGGCCCGAGUGCAUUAGCAACGGCGACUGCUCCAAUAACCUUGCGUGUAUUAGACAGAAGUGUAGAGAUCCUUGUCCUGGAUCUUGUGGUGCUAAUGCAGAAUGUCGGGUCGUCAGUCACACACCAAUGUGUGUCUGUACAACUGGAUUCACCGGUGAUCCUUUCACUCAGUGUACUCCAGCGCAAUUUGACCAGCCAGUGCCGACGAAUCCUUGUUCACCAUCACCCUGUGGCUCUAACGCAGAGUGUCGAGUCCAGCAGAAUGCCGGAUCUUGCUCUUGCUUCCCCGGAUACAUUGGAAACCCCUACGAAGGCUGCAGACCCGAGUGUGUUUUGAAUUCUGACUGCUCCGCAAACCUAGCUUGCAUUAGUUCCAAAUGCAGAGACCCUUGCCCGGGUACUUGCGGUCAGAAUGCUGUUUGUCAGGUGGUGAACCACCUGCCGACAUGCUCUUGCAUUGAUAGAUACACUGGAGAUCCUUUCAGAUUCUGUAAUUUUAUUUCACCAACAGAAGUAGAAAACACAGGCAACGCUUGUCGACCUUCACCUUGCGGGCCUUACAGUCAGUGUCGCGAGUCAAACGGGCAAUCUGUCUGCUCCUGCUUGCCAGGAUACAAUGGCAGCCCACCGGGAUGUCGACCUGAGUGUACAACGAGUUCAGAUUGCGCUUUAAAUCGCGCUUGCGUUAGUUUGAAAUGCAUUGACCCUUGUCCUGAACCUUGCGGAAGACAGGCUACGUGUAGAGUCGUCAACCACAGCCCUAUUUGUUCAUGUAACCUCGGAUUUACUGGAGAUGCGUUCACCAUUUGCUUCCCUAUUCCACAAUCAACGGAGAUCGAAAGACCUCGAGAUCCAUGUUUCCCAUCGCCAUGCGGACCAAACUCUCAGUGCAGAAACGCUAACGGCAGCCCAGCUUGCUCGUGUUCAACAGGCUACAGCGGAAGUCCGCCCAAUUGUCGUCCUGAAUGUGUCAUAAACUCGGAGUGUCCAAGCGAUCGCGCUUGCAUGAGCGAGAAGUGUAGGGAUCCUUGUCCUGGGUCCUGUGGGCAGAAUGCUGUGUGUUCAGUCUACAACCACGUUCCAGUUUGCUCGUGUAUCGAAAGUUACACCGGAGAUCCCUUCACCGGGUGCUUCUAUCAACAACCAACAGCACCUACGGUCACUGAUCCUUGUAAUCCAUCACCAUGUGGUUCAAACGCUCAAUGUAACAACGGAUUCUGUUCUUGCCUGCCCAAUUACUUUGGUGACGCCAAUUCUGGCUGUAGACCUGAGUGUGUCUUGAACAAUGACUGUCCUCAAGAUCGCGCUUGCGUGAGAAACAAGUGUAUUGACCCCUGUCCAGGUACUUGUGGUCAAAACGCCCAAUGCACAGUUUUCAAUCACAUCCCCAUGUGUACCUGUCUCGCCGGAAUGGCUGGAAAUGCUCUAGUAUCUUGCCAACCAGUCCAAGCUCCUCCAGAAACCAGACCAUGUAGUCCCUCACCUUGCGGACCCAACAGCAUUUGCCGUCCAGUUAACGGGCAAUCCGUUUGUAUCUGUGCUCCAGAAUACUUAGGAAGCCCUCCGACAUGUCGACCUCAAUGUCUAGUCAGUUCAGAUUGUCCUCGUAACGAGGCAUGUACGAAUCAGCGCUGUCGUGAUCCUUGUCCUGGUACCUGCGGCUUAGAAGCGCGGUGCGAAGUCAUCAAUCACAAUCCCAUUUGUUCCUGUCAGGAAGGUUUCACUGGAGAUCCAUUCACACGUUGUACCUUUAUCCAAAACACCCCAACUUCGCCACCAGAAAAUCCUUGCCAACCAUCACCGUGCGGCAUGAAUGCCGAGUGUCGUGUUAUAAACGACUCCCCAUCUUGCUCCUGUUUGCCUGAAUUUAUAGGUUCGGCUCCAAAUUGCCGUCCCGAGUGCAUAAGCAACUCAGAGUGUCCCAGCAAUAAGGCGUGUGUCAAUCGAAAGUGUCGAGACCCUUGUCCAGGGUCCUGCGGUAUCAACACUGAGUGCCGAGUAGUUAGUCAUACUCCAAUGUGCGUUUGCCUCCCGGGACAAACUGGUGAUCCUUUCACUGGUUGUCAGCCAGUAUCAUCAUCACAACCACCCGUAAACUUAGAAUCGCCCUGCAUACCCUCGCCCUGUGGCGCCAACGCGGUCUGCAAAGAGUCAAACGGCGCUGGAUCUUGCUCCUGUCUGGCCGACUACAUUGGGAAUCCAUACGAAGGCUGUAGACCCGAAUGUGUAAUAGACUCCGACUGCCCAUCUUACCAGAGUUGCUCUAGAUCAAAGUGCCGUGACCCUUGUCCCGGCGCUUGUGGCCAGAACGCCGAUUGCAUUCCCAUCAACCACUCGCCCUCUUGUACCUGUCGACCGGCCUUCACUGGUGACCCGUUCACUUACUGCACCCCGUUAUCGACCAAUCCAAUAGACAGCGAUAGACCAAGGGAACCUUGUAACCCGUCACCCUGUGGGCCCAAUAGCCAAUGCCGAGUGAAUAAUGGACAGCCAGUUUGCACUUGCUUGCCAAACUACAUCGGUAGCCCACCAGGAUGCCGUCCCGAGUGUGUCGCCUCCUCCGAAUGUCCCUCCCAGCUGGCUUGCAUCAACCAAAAAUGCGAGAACCCGUGCCCCGCACCCUGUGGACUUAACACCAAGUGUGUCGUCGUUAACCACAGCCCAAUUUGCAGUUGUAUGUCGGGAUACAGCGGCGACCCAUUCACCCGAUGCACUCUCAUACCACCACCAACUGAACCAAAUGACCAAGUACCUAGAGACCCAUGUGCGCCCUCACCUUGCGGAAGUUUCUCUUACUGUCGCAAUAUUGGUGGAUCUCCAGCUUGCACCUGUCGAGAAGGGUACGUCGGUCAGCCUCCCAAUUGUAGGCCCGAAUGCUCUAUCAACUCUGAGUGUCCAAGCAACGAGGCAUGUAUCAACGAAAAAUGCCGUGACCCAUGUCUUGGAUCUUGUGGGUUCAACGCUAUGUGCUCGGUUUCUAACCACAUACCAAUCUGCACCUGUCCUGAAGGAUUUACCGGAGAUCCGUUUACUACCUGCAACGUUCAACCAGUCAACCAACCUAUUGAACCGCUAGACAAGUGCAACCCGUCGCCAUGUGGGUCCAAUGCUCAAUGCAACGACGGUCAGUGUACCUGCUUGCCUGAAUUCCAAGGAAACCCCUACACUGGGUGUAGACCUGAAUGCGUUCUUAAUACGGACUGUUCAAGAGAUCGCGCUUGCUGGAGGAACAAAUGUAGAGAUCCUUGUCCAGGAACCUGUGCUACUAACGCCGAUUGCGCGGUAAUUAAUCACGUUCCAAUGUGCAGUUGUCCUCCAGGAAUGACUGGUAACGCUUUCAGUCAGUGCUUGCCUAUCCAGGCUACUGUUCCGGCUAAUCCUUGCAGCCCGUCACCUUGUGGGCAGAACAGUGAAUGUCGAGUCAUAAAUGGUCAGGCGGUUUGUUCUUGUAUCCGAGGAUACUUGGGCAGUCCACCAACUUGCAGACCCGAGUGUAUCGUCAGCACGGACUGUCCGCCGAAUGAAGCUUGCUUCAAUCAAAAGUGUCAAGAUCCAUGUCAAGGAACUUGUGGAGUCGGAGCGACAUGCCAAGUAAUCAAUCACAAUCCGAUCUGUAGUUGUCUGCCAAGAUUCUCCGGUGAUCCGUUUGUAAGAUGCACUCCGAUACCAGAAGAUCCACCAGUGCCUCAAAAUCCAUGCCAACCUUCGCCUUGCGGACCCAAUGCUCAGUGCCAAGUGAUUAACAACUCUCCAUCGUGUUCUUGUCUUGCAGAGUUUACUGGUUCUCCACCAAACUGCCGUCCUGAAUGCGUUAGCAACAGUGAAUGUGCUUCAAAUUUGGCUUGCAUCAACCAGAAAUGUAAGAACCCUUGCAUUGGAUCCUGUGGAGCUGAUUCAGACUGUCAUGUCGUCAGUCAUACGCCGAUGUGUGUCUGCAGGACAGGAUUUACUGGUGAUCCAUUCACUCAGUGUAUUCUGCAACAAACACCACCAUCAACAGCGCCAGAAACUCCUUGCACUCCAUCACCAUGCGGUCCUAACGCCGUUUGCAAGGAACAGAACGGUGCUGGAUCUUGCUCAUGCUUGCCAGAGUAUACAGGAAAUCCUUACGAAGGUUGCAGACCCGAAUGUAUUGUAAACUCAGACUGCGCUUCAAACAUGGCUUGCAUCAGGUCGAAAUGCAGAGAUCCGUGUCCAGGUACUUGUGGCAUGAAUGCCGAAUGUCGGGUGAUGUAUCAUCUACCUCAGUGUUCUUGCUUCCAAGGGUACACUGGGGAUCCCUUCAGUUUCUGCAGUGUCCUCGCAGAUGAGCAGCCGCCUACAGAUCCUUGCAGCCCAUCACCUUGUGGACCUAACAGUCAAUGUCGCGUGAUCAACACCCAACCUGUGUGUACUUGUCUUCCAGAAUACAUCGGCAGCCCACCUGGAUGUCGUCCAGAGUGUACAGUCAGCUCUGAAUGUCCUACCAACCGCGCUUGUGUCAAUAGGAAGUGCUCAGACCCUUGUCCUGGCACUUGUGGAUUCAACACCAGGUGUGAGAUCAUCAACCACAGCCCAAUUUGCUCCUGUCAAGCCGGUUACACCGGAGAUCCUUUUGUUAACUGCUUUGAAAUGAUGACACCAAUGGCAAUACCAUCUCAGCCAACGUACGUCAAUCCUUGCGUACCUUCACCGUGUGGACCUAAUUCAGAGUGUCGGGACAUCAAUAGCCAAGCUUCGUGUGCUUGCUUGUCAGGAUUCAACGGAUCACCACCAAACUGUCGACCCGAAUGUGUUAUAAAUCCUGAUUGCUCAAGUAACCAAGCAUGUCUGCAAUCUAAGUGUCGAGAUCCUUGUCCAGGAUCUUGUGGAGUGAGCGCUGUAUGUUCGGUAGUCAAUCACACACCAGUUUGUACCUGUCCUGAAGGAUUCAGUGGAGAUCCAUUUACUCGUUGCUCUCCAAGACCUUCAGUACCACCAGAACCUGUACCAUCACCAUGCAGCAGAUGUGGGUCUAACACUCAGUGCAUCAAUGAUCAAUGCAUGUGCUUACCUGAGUUCCAAGGUGAUCCUUAUGCAGGUUGUAGACCGGAGUGUGUUUUGAAUCCAGAUUGUCGUAGAGACCAGGCUUGUAUCAGAAAUAAAUGUCGGGACCCGUGUGUUGGAGUUUGUGGUCAAAACGCACUUUGCAGUGUUGUGAAUCACGUUCCAGUCUGUACUUGUCCGCCACAAAUGUCAGGAAAUGCUUUCGUGAGCUGUUCGCCGGUGCAAGCACCUCAAGAAACUGAUCCUUGCAAUCCAUCACCUUGUGGAUCCAACAGUCAGUGUAGGAAAAUUAAUAAUCAAGCAGUUUGCUCUUGUAUAUCUGGAUAUCUCGGUGCUCCACCAAAUUGUCGUCCUGAGUGUGUCAUCAGCUCGGAUUGUACUGCUAAUAUGGCUUGCAGCAACCAGAAGUGCAUUGACCCAUGUCCAGGAACUUGUGGAAUUCGCGCUCAGUGCAACGUUGUUAAUCACAAUCCAAUUUGCAGUUGUCUUGCUGAUUUAACUGGAGAUCCAUUUGUGAUGUGUGUGCCAAUUCCUCAGGAACCAGAAGCUCCAAAAAACCCAUGUCAGCCGUCACCAUGCGGUCCAAAUGCUUUCUGUCAAGUGAUCAAUAAUUUACCAUCCUGUUCUUGCUUGCCUGAAUUCAGCGGCAUUCCUCCAAACUGCAGACCAGAGUGUGUGAGUAACAGCGAGUGUUCCACGAACUUGGCGUGUAUUAACCAGAAGUGUCGGGACCCAUGUCCUGGAUCUUGUGGUGCUAAUGCAGAAUGUCGAGUGAUAAGUCACACUCCAAUGUGUGUCUGCAUGGCAGGAUUCACUGGUGAUCCAUUUACCCAAUGUUCCAUCAAACAAAUGGAUCCAAUUCCAGACGUCCAAGCUACUCCAUGCAUUCCUUCGCCCUGUGGUAGCAACGCUGUCUGUAGGGAACAGAACGGAGCUGGUGCUUGCUCUUGUCUGCCAGAUUACAUCGGAAAUCCUUACGAAGGAUGCAGACCAGAGUGUAUCGUCAACUCAGAUUGUACAGCAGAUCGUACGUGCAUCAGGUCUAAAUGCCAGAAUCCAUGCCCUGGAACUUGUGGACAGAAUGCGAUUUGCCAGGUAGUAGACCAUCGACCAUCUUGUACCUGUCAGCCAGGAUUCAGCGGAGAUCCAUUCAGGUUCUGUAGUGUUGUCCAAGAUCCUCCAGUACCAGAACUUUCAAGACCAUGUUCACCAUCUCCAUGUGGUCCAAACAGCCAGUGUCGCGAAAACAACGGCCAAGCUAUCUGUUCCUGUUCUCCGACAUUCGUUGGAACACCGCCAUAUUGUCGUCCUGAAUGCUCAGUGAGCUCAGAGUGUGCUUUGAAUCGUGCCUGCAUCAACAACAAGUGCGUGGAUCCGUGUCCCAGAAUUUGUGGAGUCAAUGCCAAAUGCAAUGUUAUCAAUCACAGUCCAUUCUGCAACUGUAACGCUGGACUAACUGGCGAUCCAUUUGUCAGAUGUUUCGAAGCUCCAGUAGCUCCUGAAAGCAAACCAUCGACUAACCCAUGCGUUCCAUCGCCUUGUGGACCAUUCUCAAUGUGUCGUGACAUCGGAGGCGUUCCUUCAUGCUCUUGCGAAGCUUCAUACAUCGGUUCGCCACCAAACUGCCGACCAGAAUGUACGAUAAACUCGGAAUGUGUCAGCAAUCUUGCUUGUCUUCGAUUCAAAUGCACUGAUCCAUGUCCAGGCUCUUGUGGAAUCAACGCUCAGUGCAGUGUGAUUAAUCACACGCCUAUUUGUACAUGUCCUGAAGGAUUCACGGGUGAUCCAUUUACCAGCUGUACUUUCAAACAACCAGUCCAAGACACCGUAGUGACUAAUCCAUGCGAUCCUUCACCUUGCGGAGCGAAUACUCGUUGCCGCGAUGGAGUCUGUACAUGUCUUCCAGAAUAUCAUGGAGAUCCCUACUACGGAUGUCGACCAGAGUGUGUCCAGAACCCUGAUUGUCCAUUAAACAAAGCUUGCAUCCGCAACAAAUGCGCUGAUCCUUGUCCAGGAGUCUGUGGUGCUAACGCUGAAUGCAAUGUAGUCCAGCAUAUUCCAAUGUGCAGUUGUCCAGUUGGAACAACAGGAAAUGCCUUCGCUAAUUGUAUCACCGCGAUAGAACCAACAACCACUAAUCCUUGCGAUCCAUCGCCUUGUGGACCAAACAGUCGUUGUCAGCAGACAAAUGGCCAAGCUGUAUGUUCUUGUGUCUUAGGAUUCAUCGGUCAUCCACCGGCUUGCAGACCUGAAUGCGUUAGCAACAGUGAGUGUCCUUUGAACGAAGCUUGUGUCAAUCAAAAAUGUCGUGAUCCUUGUCCUGGAUCUUGCGGAGUCUCAGCGCGAUGUCAAGUCGUCAAUCACAACCCGAUAUGCAGCUGUCCAUCUUCAUUUACUGGAGAUCCGUUCAUUAGAUGCAUACUAGUCCAAGAAAGACCUCCAGAGACCCAGAAUCCUUGCCAACCGUCUCCUUGUGGAGCUAACGCUCAGUGUCAAGUGAUCAACGACUCACCUUCUUGCUCUUGCUUACCAGAAUUCCUUGGUGCGCCACCAAAUUGCCGUCCAGAGUGUGCUAGCAACGGCGAAUGUGCCAGUCAUCUAGCGUGCAUCAACAGAAAGUGCCAAGACCCUUGUCGCGGAUCAUGUGGUCAGAAUGCUGAGUGUUUUGUCAUUAACCACACUCCGACUUGCAGUUGUAUGAAUGGAUUCACUGGAGAUCCGUUUGUUCAAUGCAACGUGAUGCCGCCUCAGCAAAUAGAACCAUCUCGCAAUCCUUGCGUACCAUCACCUUGCGGGUCUAAUGCCGUUUGCCGAGAGCAAAACGGUGCUGGAGCUUGUAGUUGCAUCCAGGAUUAUAUCGGCAACCCGUAUCAAGGCUGCAGACCCGAGUGUACUAUCAACACAGACUGUCCAGCGAACUUGGCGUGUAUUAGAUCUAAAUGUCAAGACCCAUGUCCUGGAACUUGUGGUCAAAACGCUAACUGUCAAGUAGUCUCGCAUUUGCCUUCUUGUACUUGCAAUCCAGGAUUCACUGGCAAUCCGUUCAGUUACUGCAACCAAUUACCGCCAGAAAUAGAUCCAAGCAACGACGAUCCGUGCAGUCCUUCACCUUGUGGACCCAACAGCCGUUGUCAGACCAACAACGGCCAGGCUAUGUGCUCUUGCGAAGCUCAGUUCAUUGGAAGUCCACCAAACUGUCGACCUGAGUGUACCAUCAGCACUGAGUGUUCAGCUAGUCUUGCGUGUAUCAAUCAAAAGUGUAGGGACCCUUGUGCUGGGACCUGCGGUAUAAAUGCUCAAUGUAGAGUAAUUAAUCAUAGUCCUAUUUGUAGCUGCCAACCAGGAACCACUGGCGAUCCGUUCUUCCAGUGCUUCCAGAUGACUGUUUCUGACACUCAGCCAACAGACCCGUGCAAUCCGUCGCCUUGUGGGCCAAAUUCACUUUGCAGAGUGAUUGGCGACACCCCGUCCUGUGCUUGCUUGAAUAAUUUCAUCGGAUCACCACCAAACUGCAGACCAGAGUGUUCUAUCAACCCAGACUGCACCAGCGACAAGGCUUGCAUGCGAGAAAAGUGCAGAGAUCCUUGCCCAGGAUCUUGCGGACUCUCCGCUCAGUGUUCAGUUGUCAAUCACACGCCAGUAUGCACGUGUCCUGAAGGUUUUACCGGAGAUCCAUUCACCAGAUGUUCUCCAGCACCACCACCAGCUCUUGCAGUACCAGAAGAUCCAUGCAAUCCUUCGCCGUGUGGUUCUAACGCUCAGUGUCGCAACGGACAAUGCUCUUGUCUUCCAGAGUACCAAGGUGAUCCCUAUGUCGGCUGUAGACCGGAGUGCGUUGUCAACGAAGACUGCUCUCGUUCUCAGGCUUGCAUUAACCAGAAGUGUCGUGACCCUUGUGCUGGAGUCUGUGGAAUUAACGCAGAGUGUAACGUCGUCAAUCACCUACCGAUGUGCAGCUGCCCAGUUCGCAUGUCUGGAAACGCUUUUAUCCAAUGCUCAGCAAUUGAAGACACACCAACUCAAGAUCCUUGCUAUCCGUCACCUUGUGGUCCCAACAGUCACUGCCAAACCGUCAACAAGCUUGCAGUAUGCACCUGCGUGCCAGGAUUCCUUGGAACGCCGCCUUCCUGCCGACCUGAGUGUGUCGUCAGCGCAGACUGUCCUCGCAAUCGUGCUUGUAACAACCAGAAGUGCAUCGAUCCUUGUCCUGGAACUUGUGGACUUAGUGCAGAGUGUCUGGUCAUCAAUCACAACCCAGUUUGCAGCUGUCCAAAUGGAUUCACUGGAGAUCCGUUUGUCCGUUGCUCGCAGACACCCAAAGAUCCUCAACCUUCGGUCGAUCCUUGUCAGCCAUCACCUUGUGGACCCAACGCUCAAUGUCGCGUUAUAAACAACAGUCCCUCCUGCUCUUGCAACCAAGAACUCAUCGGCAGCCCUCCAAACUGCAGGCCUGAGUGUAUCAGCAACAGCGAAUGUUCUUCGCACCUAGCGUGUAUUAAUCAAAAGUGUAAAGACCCUUGCCCAGGAUCUUGUGGAUCUAAUACCAAUUGCGCAACAGUUAGUCACACUCCCAUGUGCUCAUGUGUCCCCGGAUUCACCGGAGAUCCAUUUUCUCAAUGUAACUCCAUUCCUGCAACUACUUUGCCUCCAACUCAACAAAACCCCUGUGUGCCAUCACCCUGCGGUGCAAAUGCAAUUUGCCGUGAGAAUUAUAACACAGCAUCUUGCUCCUGUGCCCCAGACUUCUUUGGAAAUCCCUACGAAGGCUGUAGACCCGAAUGUGUCGUCGACAGCGACUGUUCCGCAGACCGAGCUUGCGUUAGAUCUAAGUGUACCAAUCCGUGUCCUGGUACUUGUGGCCAGAACGCCAUGUGCCAGGUUAUAAACCAUCUACCAACCUGCUCAUGCCUAAACGGAUACAUCGGUGACCCAUUCCAGUACUGCCGACUAGCAGAACAAACUCCAACAGAAGCCUCAGACCCUUGCAACCCUUCACCUUGUGGACCCAACAGCCAAUGCAGAAACCUCAAUAACUUUGCUAGAUGUUCAUGCCUUCCCAAUUACGUCGGAAGUCCACCUGGAUGCCGUCCCGAAUGCGUUUCUAGCACCGAGUGCUCGUCGACUCUCGCGUGCAUCAACCAGAAAUGCAGCGACCCUUGUCCAGGCGUCUGUGGUGUUGACGCCAGAUGUGAAACAAGGAACCACAGUCCUAUCUGCAGUUGCAGACCUGGUCAAACCGGUGAUCCUUUCGUUAAAUGCUUUGACAUUCCACAACCCACAGAACCAGUUAGACCAAUAAGCCCGUGCGUCCCAUCACCUUGUGGCCCAUUCUCAAUAUGCCAAGACAAUGGAGGCUACCCAGCCUGCUCAUGUCUCCAGAACUACAUCGGUUCCCCACCAAACUGUCGACCAGAGUGUUCGAUAAAUACCGACUGUAACCGAAACCAAGCUUGUAUUAGAGAAAAGUGCCAAGAUCCUUGUCCUGGAUCUUGUGGCGCUCGCGCGCAAUGUUCUGUUGUUAACCACACUCCGAUUUGCACCUGUCCAGUAAGUUACACUGGAGAUCCAUUCACCAGUUGUAACGUACAACAAUCACCACCCGAACCACCAGCACCCAACGACCCAUGUGACCCGUCACCUUGUGGUGCUAACAGUCUUUGCCGAAAUGGUGUAUGCACUUGUCUACCUCAGUACCACGGAGAUCCCUACUUUGGUUGCCGACCUGAGUGCGUACAGAACUCAGACUGUCAGUUUAACAAAGCAUGUAGUAAUAAUAAGUGCGUUGAUCCUUGUCCUGGAAUUUGCGGUCGUAAUGCAGAGUGCAAUGUCGUUAAUCACAUCCCAAUGUGUAGUUGCCUCGCCAAUUACGAAGGCGAUCCUUUCAGCCUUUGCCAACCUGUUCAACGACCAACAAGCAACCCAUGUGAACCUUCACCGUGUGGCCCUAAUAGUGUUUGUAAGCGUUUCGGAGAUCAAGUAUCAUGCUCAUGCCUUCCCGGGUUCUUUGGCAACCCUCCAAGUUGUCGGCCCGAGUGCGUUGUAAGCUCCGACUGCGAGCAAAGUCGCGCUUGCAUCAACCAACGCUGCCAAGACCCUUGCCCAGGAUCUUGCGGGCAAAGCGCCCUCUGCGUCACCAGAAACCACAACCCUAUUUGCAGUUGUCCGCAGAGAUACUCUGGAGAUCCAUUCGUCCACUGUUCUCUAAUGAAAGAACCCGUUGAACCAGAGAGCAACCCGUGCAGCCCCUCGCCCUGCGGAUCCAACGCCCAGUGCACUGUUUCUAAGAACUCGCCCUCCUGCAGUUGCCUACCCAAUUUCGUUGGCUCGCCACCAAACUGCCGUCCUGAAUGCCGGGUCAACAGUGAAUGCCCUACCCAGUUAGCCUGCAUCAACCAGAGAUGCAGAGACCCUUGUCCUGGUUCUUGCGGCAUCAAUGCCCUCUGCCAGGUCGCUAGACAUCAACCCUCUUGCUCUUGUCAGCAAGGAUUCACUGGUGAUCCUUUCACCCUAUGCUCAUUGAUUACCACUCGACCCGAGCCACCAGUACCAGCCAGACCUUGCAAUCCAUCACCAUGCGGAGCCAACGCAUUCUGUCGGGAGCGCUACAACACAGCGGUCUGCGAAUGCUGGCCAGACUACCGAGGAAAUCCAUACGAAGCUUGUCAUCCAGAGUGUUUGGUCAACACAGACUGUUCCAACGCCCUAGCUUGCAUAAGAACCAAGUGUCAGGAUCCGUGUCCAGGAACCUGCGGCGUAGGAGCUGUUUGCACGGUCUCCAAUCACGUACCAGUCUGCUCGUGUCCUCUUCCAACAGUAGGUGACGCGUUCACGCUGUGUCAAACUCCACCAACGAACAAAGUAUCAGACCCAUGCAAUCCGUCUCCUUGUGGACCAAACACCAUCUGUGAGAACGUCGGGCAGCGUGUAAUCUGCAAAUGUCUCCCGGGAUUGCAAGGCGAACCUUCGAGCUUAGCAGGUUGUCAUCCAGAGUGUGUAUUAAGCUCAGACUGUUCCGGGGACAAAGCCUGCGAGAACAACAGGUGCGUUGAUCCAUGCGCUCGUGGAGUCUGUGGAGCUGGAGCUGUCUGUCGUGCCAUCAACCAUAGUCCAGUUUGCAGCUGUCCUGUUCCGUUGAUGGGCAAUCCGUUUGUCGAGUGUUUCGCUAAAGAAGAACCAGACCCAUGCAACCCCUCGCCUUGCAACAUCAACGGGGAAUGCAGGGUUCGUAACAACAUCGCUUUUUGCGUAUACCCGGAAUGUCUCAUCAACUCAGACUGUCCACGCGACCGCGCCUGUUUCUCUCAGAGAUGUCGCGAUCCUUGCAUAGGUGUUUGUGGAGUCAACUCACUCUGCCAGACCAUCAACCACAACCCGAUUUGCUCUUGUCCUGCUGGAUUCACAGGUGACCCACAGAUCCAGUGUAAGGUUACGGCCAUUGAAGUACCAAAACCUGAAUGCACGAGGAACUCCGAGUGUACCAACGACAAGACUUGCUGGGAACAAAGAUGCAUGGAUCCAUGCUCGCUAGGAUCUUGUGGAUACAACAGCAGAUGCCAGGUGCUGCUCCAUCGCGCCGUUUGCGUCUGCAAUGAAGGAACCACCGGAAACCCUCAACAAUUCUGCAGAGAAAUUGGGUGUCGCAGCGACCACGAUUGUCCAGUAAGUCAAUCCUGCGUCAAUGACCAGUGUACUGACACCUGCUCAUUGAUGCAGUGUGGAACAAAUGCGAUUUGCCGUUCUGAUAGGUACCACAAGCCUCAAUGCGUUUGCCUCGAUGGUUAUCAAGGAGAUCCAAACCGUCAUUGCGAGCGUACCGAGUGUCUACAAGACCCAGACUGCCCGAACUUCUUAGCGUGUAACAACAGCAAAUGUACUGACCCUUGUUCUGGAUACUGUCCAGCAACAGCGCAGUGUCAAGUGAUCAACCACCGACCAGUAUGUCGCUGUCCUCCAGGAUUUGUUGGAGAUGCCCAAACGAACUGUCAAAGAGAUCCAGUGGAACUGCCAGAGUGUACGACUGACGCUGACUGUCCAAGCAAACUUGCCUGCUUUAGCGGCUCCUGCAAGGAUCCUUGCAGGGAAACGCAGCCUUGUGUCACCAAUGCCAAGUGUACUGUCGUUGACACUUUGCCAGUCAGAACGAUGAUCUGCGAAUGCGCUCCUAACUUUAUCGGCGACGCUACCGUCGCUUGCGCACCAGUAGCUCAUCAAGUCGAGGAGAUCUGUCGGUCCAACAGCGAGUGCAAGUCAAACAUGGCGUGCAUCAACAGUCAUUGCGUUAAUCCUUGCACCAUCAAUCCUUGCUCUAAAUCCGCUGAAUGCCGUGUGGACAACCAUCAACACAUCUGCGUCUGCCCUGCUGGAACCACCGGAGAUCCUUUCGUAGGCUGCCACAGCCACACUCUAACACUUCCUGAGUGUACCAGCAACUCAGAUUGUUCUUACAAUCUUGCUUGCAUCAACCAACAAUGCCAGAACCCUUGCUCUAACGACAGGUGUGGGCUCAAUGCUGACUGCAUCGCGAUAGGACAUCAUCCAACUUGUCACUGUCCUCAAGGUUACGCCGGAGAUCCGCAGAACCAGUGCUUCCUACCUGAAUGUCGGGUAGACAACGACUGUCCUUACGACAAGACCUGUAAGAAGGGCUUCUGUACCAACCCAUGUAAUGGCGACGUCAUGUGUGGUCGAGGAGCCGAGUGCACUGUCGCUGACCACCGAGCUCACUGCACUUGUCCUCAAGGAACUCAAGGAGACGCGCGUAUCGCAUGUAUAUCCGCGAUCUGUCACUACAACGAAGACUGUCCUGAUGACCAGGCUUGUGAUAGGUUAAACAGAGUCUGCAGACCUGCUUGUGACGAUGAAACCUGCGCAGAAACAGCCACCUGCAUCGCUAGGAACCAUCAACCCAAGUGCGUCUGCGCACCGGGUACCACUGGUAAUCCUUACAUCGAAUGCACCACCGAGCUCCAAGCAGAGUGUCGUGCUGACUCGGAGUGUCCUCCAUUGCUAGCUUGCAUAAACACGCGUUGUCAAGAUCCUUGCGUGCUUUCAGACAUGUGCACUUCAGAACAGCAAUGUCGCGUGCUGAACACGGCUCCGCUCAGAACUAUGAUCUGCGUCUGUCCACCGGAUACUUACACCAACGCAAACGGAAAGUGUCAGAAGAUCGUCUGGCAAGACGUCCAAUGUCAUGUAGACGAGGAGUGCAGCAACCACGAAGUCUGCUUGCACGGAAACUGCGUGGAAGCUUGCUUGGCUACUCGCUGCGGAAUCAACGCGCAAUGCAAAUCUACGUCGCACAGCGGAGUUUGUGUCUGCGCUGCUGAUUUCACCGGCAAUCCUUACAUCGAGUGUUCUUCUAAACCAAGAAAUCCUCUGCCUCCACCACUGCCAGAGUGUUACAGCAAUAGCGAGUGUGCCAAUGACAGACAAUGCAUCAACCUCAAAUGCGUGAACCCCUGCGUGGCUGGUGAUCCUUGCGGCAGGAACUCUCUUUGCCAUGUCGACGAUCACAACCCGAUUUGCAAGUGUCCUAUCAACUACAUGGGAGAUCCGAGAAUUGAGUGCAUUCCUCCAGCAAUAAUCCUUGGAUGUCUUUCCAACGGUGAGUGCGCGGGUACAGAAGCUUGCGUCAACGGACGGUGCAUCAAUCCUUGCAACUGCGGACCAAACUCCAACUGCGUCGUCGCAAAUCACUACCCAUCUUGCGUUUGUCAUCCAGGAUACUCUGGAAAUCCUCAGCUAGGUUGCACGAAAUUGGAGUGUGAAACAGACAAAGACUGUCCUUAUGAAGAAGCGUGCCACACUGGAAGAUGCGUGAACCCUUGUCUCUUGGAGAAUGAGUGUGUUAUCAACGCGGAAUGCUACGGAAAGAACCACCGUAGCGCUUGCCGUUGCGGUCCAGGUUACUUCGGAAACCCAGAAGUGCUUUGCGAGCGUGCUGAGUGCACCAGCAACCACGAGUGUCCUCAGAACCUCGUCUGCGAGAACAAACGCUGCGUAGACCCUUGCGUCGAUCGUUCUCCUUGCGCUUCCAACGCCAUCUGCUUCGUUAGAACACACACGCCAUCUUGCAGAUGUCCUGAAAGUUUCCCAGUUGGUGAUCCGUUCUCCUACUGUGAAAGACGUCCUCCAGUAGGCGUUGAGGAACCGGAGUGUCGCAAGGACGUCGACUGUCCCAGCAAGCUCGCUUGCAUCAAAGAAACCUGCGUAGACCCUUGUCAUGUCAUCAGACCGUGCCUUGAAAACGCCAGGUGCGGAGUCUUGGACACUGUUCCGGUUAGAACCAUGGUUUGCACUUGUCCAGACGGGUGGGUAACAGACCCGGACGGAGUUUGCCGACAAAUACCAAUCACGCUCGUCGGCGCUUGUACGUCUGACUCCGAAUGCGCUGACCAGGAAGCCUGCGUCAAUCGCAGGUGCAGAGACCCCUGCAACUGCGGUCGCAACGCCAACUGCUUUGUUCGCAAUCACAAACCAAUCUGUUCUUGCGAACAAGGCUACCAGGGUAACCCAGAGGUCGCUUGCUACUCAGUAGAGUGUCAAACUGACUCUGAGUGCAUGCCAGACAAGUCUUGCAUCAACAGCAACUGCGUCAAUCCUUGUUUAUUCUCUCCCGAAAGUUGCGGAGUUAAUGCCGAGUGCUUCCCUAACAACCACGUUGCAGAGUGUCGUUGCCGUGAUGGCUACAUAGGAAACCCAAGAGACAAGUGCCAUGUAAUCGGCUGCUACAGCAAUGGAGACUGUCCAAGCGACCUGGCUUGCGUCAACAAACAAUGUACUGACCCAUGUCUCCACGCUAAUCCUUGCUCAACCCGCGCAGAGUGUCACGUCAGAGGACAUCUGCCAACUUGUAGGUGUCGGUCCGGUUACGAGGGCAAUCCUCUGGUAGACUGUCGCCCAGAAGUCGAACCUGAGUGCCGAGUGGACGGAGAUUGUCCUUCACUAUCAGCCUGCUUCAACCAGAAGUGCCAGAAUCCUUGCUCAGUAAUCGAACCAUGUCUUAGUCCAUCAGAGUGUCGAGUCCUUGCAACUCUACCCGUCAGGACCAUGAUCUGCGUGUGUCCUCCAGGAUACAUCAGCAGCGGAAGCGGAACUUGUCAGCCUACAACACCUAUUGUCCAAAUCGGCUGCACCAGAGACAGCGAGUGCGCUUCUAACAAAGCUUGCGUGAACGCAAUCUGCAAAGACCCUUGCGCUUGUGGCAGCAACGCCAUUUGCAACGUCAUCAACCACAAGCCAAUCUGCUCCUGCAUCACCGGCUACGACGGCAACCCUGACGUCGACUGCGUUCCUAUCAUUGGAUGUCGCUCAGACAGCCAGUGCGCUGGAACCCACACUUGCGUUCAAAACACCUGCGUUCCAGCUUGCUCUCCUUUACUAUCAGUCUGCGCUAAAGGCGCCGAGUGCUAUGGCAUCGACCACCAAGCCGUUUGCGAAUGUCCUCCAGGCUACGCAGGAAAUCCCCGCGUAGCCUGUAGCCUCCUCGGUUGCCGAAGCAACUCAGACUGUCCUACCAACAAAGCUUGCAUCAACAACCGCUGCGAGAACCCUUGCACCAAGAAUCCCUGCGCUGAGGAAACUCAAUGCAGCGUUUACAACCACGUUGUUGAGUGUUCCUGUCCUCCAGGAUACGCGGGAAGCGUGGAAGGAGGCUGCUACAAAAUCAACGUCCAAUGCAAGCAGGAUGAUGAGUGUCCUUCCCAAACUGCCUGCUUCGAUGGAGAAUGCAUCAACCCUUGCACCAAGAUAGAACCCUGCGGAAUCAACGCAGAGUGUACGGUCCUGGACACCAAACCCGUUAGGACAAUGAUCUGCGAAUGCAUUCCUGGGUACAGAGGCAAUGCAGUAGUGCGUUGCGACCCUACGCGUGUUUGCGCUGUAGAAAAGGGACAGAUCAAGGACCUGGAUGGCAAUUGUGUCUGCCCACCUGGCACUGCUAAGAACGUCCAAGAUAUUUGCGCUCCUUGUCUUACGGAUCAAGGCUACAAGGUCACUCCUGAUGGAAGGUGCGAGUGCGCGCUGGAGCGCGGGUUCAUUGUUGAUGAUCAUGGAAACUGUAUCUGCUCUACGGAGCAUGGAUGGCGGCUUGAUCAUGAUGGUAACUGUUCUCCGAUAGUCCAGUGCUUGAUCGAUGAUGACUGUGCUGAUAACAGGUACUGCAACAAGAUCUCCAAGACCUGUGAUGAUCCUUGUCAGCCGUUCAACUGCACUCAGAACGCGACUUGCACUGCGAUAAGACACCGCAGCGUUUGCACCUGCAUCAAGGGCUACACCGGGAAUGGUUACACUUUCUGCGAGCCUUCCAAGACUAAAUUCAGGACUGAUUUCCCACAACCUGACAUGGACGCUCAGUGUCUUUCAGACGGAGUCCAGGUUCAGAUUCGGGUUCAGUCGGAAGGAUUUGAAGGUGUGUUGUAUGUCAGAGGUCGCAGCAAAGAAGAGCAGUGCAGGAAGAUCUUGUCCAUACCCAAGCAUGACAACACCCAGAUGGAGACCUUCAAGGUUAAGUUUGGUAACUGCGGACUGGUUCAUGUUAAUGGUGAAGCCAGCUUCGUGCUUGUCAUCCAGAAACAUCCUAAAUUGGUGACCUACAAGGCUCAAGCUUAUCAUGUCAAGUGUAUCUACCAGACUGGUGAGCAGAAUGUUACUUUAGGUUUUAAUGUCUCCAUGCUUACUACUGCUGGAACCAUCGCUAAUACCGGGCCGCCUCCGACUUGUCUUAUGAAGAUUGUUACUCAACAUGGCAGCGAGAUCCAGUCCGCUGAAAUUGGGGAUAAUCUUAUGCUGUCGGUUGAAGUUCAACCUUCGUCGAUUUAUGGUGGGUUUGCAAGAAACUGCGUCGCGAAGACUAUGGAAGACAAUCAGGAGAAUGAGUAUAUUGUCACGGAUGAAAAUGGCUGUGCUACUGAUCCUACGAUAUUUGGGGAGUGGGAACAGGACCAUGAGACUCAGACUCUUAUGGCGAGCUUUAAUGCUUUCAAGUUCCCGAGCAGUGAUAACAUCAGGUUCCAAUGUAACAUUAGAGUCUGCUUCGGUAGAUGUCAGCCUGUUAACUGUCGAGGAUACAAUGCGUUUGGACGUAAGAAACGUGAAAUUGGUAAUGAUUAUAACGACACAGCUUUGUCUGUUACUGAAGGCUUUGAUGGCCAACUCAGGGAAGAAAUUACGAUACAAUCCAAUCUGAUACGUACUGUUGAAAGGCGAGAGGAGAGAUACACUGCUGAUCCUGCUGAAAUCCCAGCAGCCCAGCGAGCUGAAGACAUUUGUGUAUCAACGACGGGCUUCAUAGUGUCCCUAGUAAUAACAGCUCUACUUGCUCUAGUAGCCGUGGCCAUAGCCGUAUCCUGCUGGCUGAUGGCCUACAGACGUCAGCCAAAGACUGCCGGUCCACUGCCACAUCCUCCGGAAUUUCCUAAUCCACUUUUUACAACGGAAUCCGUUGCUGAACCCUCGCCUGACUAUCAUCUUUCAUAAGUAGAUAGUAUUUAAUACAGAGAAAAGUUUUUAUAUGAACAACUUUAAUAUAAAUAUAAAUAUGAAUAUAAAUAAUUAUAAAUAUAAAUAUAAAUAUAAAUAAUGAUAAUUAUAAUUAUAAAUAUAAAUAUAAUAAUAAUAGGAAUUUAGAGGAAUGCAUUCCCGACCACUUCGUCCUCACUGGUCGGCAGUGUAUUUCGGAACGCAUUUCCUCCAGUGACUAAUUAGAAUUAUUAUAUUAUUUUGUUAUCUUUUACACGCUUUUACUCUUUAUUGUCUCGUACUCACAACGGUGCUUAAUUAGUUCAUAAAUUAAUAAUUAAAAGCGUGUUCGGGAAUCAUUGAUAGUAAUUAAUGGUGACGGUCUUCGUUUCACUAUCUUCCUUGUUAUGAAAAAGUUUACAUACUUUUUCAUCGUGUUUUUCUAUCUCUAGUCAAUGGAGGACUUGUCUAAUAAUAGAUUAUUUAAGUAAUAAUAAUUAUAUAUAUAAAUAAUUAAUUAAUUAAUUAAAUAUAACAAAUAAAUAAAUAAAACUAAUUAAUUAUAAAUUAUAUAUGUAAAUGCCACGGAGAAUUUUAUUCCUGUGCAAAAGUCAAAAUAGUCUAAUAGCUUCCAUGAUAAAUAAUGAAAAUUAGACAAAUUGUACAUUAUUUCUAAUAAAAAAAAAAAUAAAUUAAUAAA